AUGAUCGGUGCGGUUGAGGAUGAGUCGGGAAGUUGGUUCGGUAGUCUGGAGAAGAGGGGGCCGACAGCCUCAAGUUGGGGGACGGGCUUGUGUAUAAAACUCUGGACUUCCUCCAGCUUCCCUCCAUCCUAUCCUUUCCAACUCAGACCUCUUUCGGUAUACACACCAGCUCAUUAUCAUUUACCACAAUCACAAAGAUACACACGAGACCAUCAGUCGACAACCGUCAACCACACUCCUAUAACAUGCCUUCCCAGUGCAAUUGUACCUCGUGCUCCUGCACCUCCUGUGACAGCUGCAGCUGCUGCUCCCACUAAACCCCACGAGCCCUCAGCAGUGCCUGAUGAGGAAGAUGGAACUGUUGAUCACCCGGCCAAUUGCUAGAACGAGGUUUCGAUAAGAAGUAGUAAUAUCAACCAGGGAUCGAAGGAGGGAAAAGGCCGAGAAUGAAGAGUACUUGAUCUUGUAUUAUUUCCUCCAACUCCUGCAAUGUGGUAUCAUUGCUGUGAACCAAGCUCUAUGUAUUUGGGUAUCAUCUGUUCGUCAUUCCUGUAUACCGAUUGCCCCCAUCGAAAUGCUAUUAAAUCCUGUAUGUCUUCUGGUCAAUAUACCAUUAUUUAGGAACCUUUGUUGGCGCCCAGUCUGCUAGCCAACCCCG